AUGAAGCUCAAGCCUCUCUCCUUCACGCGGAGCGCGCCGUCGCCGCUGGGGUGCGUGGGCCUGGGCGGCGGGAGGAGGAGGACGGUGCUCGUGGCACUGCGCCGGGACGCCGCCGGCAGGGAGCUGCUCACCUGGGCGCUCGUCAAGGCCGCCGCCGCCGGGGACCGCGUCGUCGCGCUCCACGUCUCCGCCACCCACGCCGCCCCCGCCGCGGCGCCGGAGGAGAAGGUGACGGCCAGCGACUCGCUCGCCUCCGUGCUCGGCGCGUACAGGGGCUACUGCGAGCGCAACCAGAUCGACCUGGAGCUCAGGGUCCGCGAGGGGCCGUCCAUCAAGAGGGCCCUGGUCGCCGAGGCCACCUCCUCCGGCGCCGCGCACCUCGUCCUCGGCGUCACCAAGACCUCCAGGGUGUCCCUGAGCCCAAAAUCCUCUUCUCCAAUCAGUAACGCUGGCUGUUCGUUUCAUCCGGUGAUCGACAGAUCGUCCGCCACCGCCGUCGCGAGGUACUGCGCAAAGAGAGUGCCGCCGAGCUGCAUGGUCACCGCGGUCAGCAACGGCGCCGUCGUCUACCGCAGGGACGCCGUGCACCACCACCACCAGCAGCUGCUCAGCCCCUACACCGCAAUGGUGGAGACGCCGCGGCGGCUGUACCGGAAGAUACUCGACGCGAGGAGGACGACGGGGGACAAGUCCCAGGACGACAUGCUGAUCGGCGACGGCCGGUCGCUGCGCCGGAACAUGUCCGUGACGAUGAGCGCCCUGGUCUCGCCGAGGGUGACGUCGGUGAGCUGUCACGCGCUGGAGUCGCCGAAAUUGGCCGCCGGCUGGCCUCUCCUAAAGAAGGACAACAUGCCAACCUUGCCGGAAUCGUCAGAGAUCUCUGCGAUUCAGUGGGCGAUGCAGCUCCCCACUAGGUGUCCAGAGGUUUAUUCAGACAAGAAUUCCGAUGAAGGGGAAGAGGAGAAGCAACUUCCAGAAGAGCUGGUUUCACUCAGAGACAAGUACUCAUCCAAGUACACAAUGUUCAGCUACAGGGAGCUAGCCAAGAUCACCAAUGGCUUCUCUCCAGAUCGACUGGUCGGGAAAGGCUGUGCGGGCCGGGUUUACAGGGGCUGUACUGAAGAAGGCAAGGAGCUUGCAGUGAAGGUCCUGAAAUCUUCGGACAACGUGGCCAAGGAUUUCAUCUCGGAGAUCGAGACCCUCUGCUGCGUUGAGCACAAGAACGCCAUGUCCCUCGUCGGGUUCUGCAUCGACGGCGGCAAGCUCAUGCUCGUGUACGACUACAUGCCGCGUGGCAGCCUGGAGGAGAUGCUGCACGCCGACAAAAAAGGCAAGGGCGCGUUGGGCUGGCCGGAGAGGUUCAAGGUGGCCGUCGGCGCCGCGCGCGCCCUGGAGUCCCUCCACGGCGGCGGAGACCACCGCCCAGCUGUGAUCCACAGGGACAUCAAGUCCUCGAACAUCCUCGUCGCUGACGACUUCGAACCGAUGUUGUGUGACUUCGGCCUCGCGAUGUGGGCAGACGAAGCGUCGGCGGCGCAGGCCACCGGCGACGACGUCGCCGGAACAUUCGGGUACCUGGCUCCGGAGUACUUCAUGCACGGCAAGGUGAGCGACAAGCUCGACGUGUACGCGUUCGGCGUGGUCCUCCUCGAGCUCAUCUCCGGGAGGAAGCCGGUGAGCGCCGGCGGGCCCAGGGCCAAGGGGAGCCUUGUGAUGUGGGCGAGCUCCGUCAUACAAGGAGGCAAGCUCAUGGAUCUCGUCGACCCGAGCCUGCCGCUGGCCGACGGCGACGCCGGCGAGGUCGAGCGGAUGGCCCUCGCCGCCGCCCUCUGCAUCCGGCGAGCGCAUCAACACCGACCGAGCAUGAGCAACGUAAUGAAGCUGCUCGCCGGCGACUGCAACGCCAUCAGGUGGGCCAAGUCGCAGGUCGGCGUGCCAGGCGACAACGACCACGAUGAUGGCUGCGGUGUCGCGACUUCGCCGGACAAGAAGGACAUCGAGUCGUACAUCAACCUCGCGCUGCGUGACGUCAUCGACGACGACGCCUCGUCCGUCGGCAGCCCCGACUUCAUCGGCGCCAACAUGUCCUUGGAGGAGUACCUCAAGGGGAGAUGGAGCCGGUCCUCCAGCUUCGACGACUGA